AAGAAGCAGGAGCAGACGAAGAAGAGAAAUAAACACAGAUCCUGAUGUGGCUACGUCAAUGUUAGCACGUAACGCUAAUGUGUGUCUCUCUGUGGGACACUUCUCCGCACUGACCCGACAUGGGCAAGCGAGACAAUCGAGUGGCUUAUAUUAACCCCAUUGCUGCAUCACGUGCCAGGGGUCCUGCAUCCAACGCUGGGCCAAGCAUCCAGGACUAUCUGAGCAGACCUCGGCCAACAUGGGAAGAGUUAAAGGAGCAGUUAGAAAAGAAGAAGAAGGGCUCUCGAGCCCUGGCUGACUUUGAGGAUAAAUUGAACGUGAAAUGGAGAAAAGAGCUCGCAAAAAAUCGAGAGAAGUUGUUGGCUGGUAUUGACAAGGAGAAAGAGAAAAAGAUGACCGACAAGGAAAAGGAGGAGAAGAAAGAGAAAAAAGAGAAAAAGAAGAAAGAGAAGAAGAAAUCCAACAGGCAUUCUUCAUCUUCCUCUUCUUCAUCGAGUUCUGAUUCCUCCAGCAGUUCUGUCUCUGAAUCUGAAGAUGAGGAUGAAAAGAAGAGUGUGAAGAAAAAACGGAAGAGAAAGAAGCCGACAGGCAGGAGAGCGUCGGACAGCUCAGAGGAAGAAUCAGAUGCUGACAUCAAGAAGAAAAAGAAAAGAAUCAAGGAAGAUGGGGAUAAAGACAAGGAUGACAAGAGCCGCAGACGAAGAAGGAGGGUAGAGCGAAGUUAUAAAGACUCGUCUUCAGAGUCCUCUGUGGAGUCUGAGGGGGAAGAGGCAGCUGAAGCCAAGAAGCGAAAGAGAAGUAGCGAGGAAAGAGAAAAAAUCACAGACAAAUCCAAGAAGAAGAGGAAAAAGAAGCACAAGAAACAUGGCAGAAAAAAGAAAAAGAAGGCAGCAUCUCAGUCGGACCUGGAGCUGGACUAAGAACUGUGUUUACUGUUCUCACCCUCUCCUGGCUGGUCACUAGCAGUGUUAUUUAUGCCCUGACCACCAAGAACUCCCCUCCUGCCGAGAUCAUCGCAUCUGAUCAAGGAGACCCACAGACAUGGAAGGCUGGGGGGAAAACGAUGGCGACCCACCGGUCCCUCAAAGUGGCAACUACCGGUUCAUAUCUUUGGUUUACUUGUAUCGCCAUGCUUCUCGUAGAUGGUUGUACUACAACCGAACUGAAGUGAAUCUCACAUCUUUCCAAUCCCUCAUCUCUGAGAUUUGUGUGGCUGGCACUAGCUUUCGUCUUCAGUGUGCCGGCCCCUCUUAGGAGUUCACGCCCUCUGCUUCUCAUCUGAGAUCUAACGUUUCUUGUUGCUACAUGAGUUUAAUACGCUUGUGCCUGUGUUAUGCAUGCAGACUGAUCACCUGUUGUCUCUCGCCAGCCUCAUAUUGAAGUUGGACCUGUGAUAAGAAAUGUGAGCUGCACAGUCACUAUUUAUACAAGGGAGGACUGUUCCGUUGGAUGGGUUGUUACACUGAAGUGUAAAUGUAUAAACGAUGUGAAUGAAUAAAGUGAUGUUUAAGCCUU